UAUGGUUUUGGCAUUUGUGAUUGACGAUACAGUGAACAAAAUGACUGAAGAACGAAAAUACCAUUCAGAGGCUGAAACAUUCCUAUUAUGCAGUCCAACUGGAGAAUACAAAAAAAAUUUAGCGAAUCAUAAAAACCGAUGAUGUAUCCAUAAGAAAGAAACAACAAGCCCAUGAAAAAAUAAGCAAUUUGUACAACUCGCAAGGAUUGAUCCGAAGGAAUUCCAAGCAACCUCAGGACAAGGAAAGGAUUUCCAGGACGAAUAAGAAAAAG